UCAUAAAAAGGGGGCGCGUGCUGCAGUCGCGCAGCAGAGAAACCGGAGGUAACUCACUGUCAGACGCGGCGCGUGGGGAAGAGCCACCGUCCAAGAACCUGCGGACGUGUAUUUCCAAUCAUCUUCAAGAUACGUUCCACCUGCGUAUCGGUGAGGCUGCCCAGAGCAGAAGCAGGAAGAGCUGCAUUUUCUGAGAGCAGAUCAGGCACACGCUGAGCAUCUCUCAGGAUGAAGAAAAGCAGGAGUGCUCAUGGAGUUACACCAGGCGAUGAAAAUAAGGAACCCUCGCUGGGACAACUUCCCACUGGCAGCACCCUCGGAGCAGAUGUGUGCAAGGUCCACAGGCGGUUUUCUGGCAACCUGCAGCUGCCGCCACUGUCCUGGCGACAAGCAGAAAAAGAGAGGGACAGGGGCCGGCCACUCACACCCGAGGAAGAUCCAGUGACCCGGACCAGACCCACAAGCCUGCCCAUCGCCUCACUUCCCCGCAUCGACAUCACACAAGCGGAUCCUGACAGCUUCGAAGUGGAAAAUGGUCCAUCGUUGUGCUGCAGUCCCUUGGACCCGCAGGCAUCCCCUGGUUCAGGUCUGGUUCUGCAUCCGAACUUGGCCAGUCAUGGCCAGCGCAGAGAGUCGUUCCUCUACAGGUCUGACAGUGACUAUGAACUGUCACCAAAGUCACUGUCUCGAAACUCCUCUAUUGUUGGAGAACUACAUGGAGAAGACAUGAUAGUGACGCCAUUUGCCCAGGUUCUGGCCAGCCUUCGGACUGUAAGGAACAACUUCACCACAUUAACAAAUGUACAAUGUGUAUCUAAUAAGCGUUCUCCUGCUGCAAGCCAGCCCUCUGUCACCAAAGUCUGUCUUUCCGAUGAGUCCUAUCAGAAGAUGGCUAUGGAGACUAUAGAGGAGCUGGACUGGUGUCUGGACCAGUUGGAGACCAUCCAGACCUACCGCUCUGUCAGUGAUAUGGCCUCCAACAAGUUCAAGAGGAUGCUGAAUCGGGAGCUAAGCCACCUUUCGGAGAUGAGUCGCUCCGGCAACCAGGUGUCCGAGUACAUCUCCAACACCUUCCUAGACAAGCCCACUGAGCUGGAUCUUCCAUGCUCAGUUCCCAAGUCCAGGGAAAGAAAGAGGAGGCAGGGCCAACAGCAGCAGCAGCAGCAGCAAAGUGGGAUGAUGACUCAGAUCAGUGGGGUGAGGAAGCUCAGCCACACGUCCAGCAUUUCUGGGAGUUCUGGCAACCGCUUUGGGGUCAAGACGGACCAGGAGGAUCUGCUGUCAAAGGAUCUAGAGGAUAUCAACAAAUGGGGCCUGAACGUCUUCAAGAUUGCUGAGCACUCCCACAACCGACCGCUCACAUGCGUUAUGUACACCAUCUUCCAGGAGAGAGACCUGAUGAGGACAUUCAAGAUUCCAACUGACACCUUUGUGACGUUCAUGCUGACCUUGGAGGACCACUAUCACUCCGACGUGGCGUACCACAACAGCCUGCACGCGGCAGACGUAGCCCAGUCCACACACAUCCUUCUGUCUACUCCCGCCCUGGACGCGGUCUUCACUGAUCUGGAGAUCUUGGCGGCCAUCUUUGCUGCAGCUAUACACGACGUGGACCACCCAGGAGUGUCCAACCAGUUCCUCAUUAACACCAACUCUGAGUUGGCGCUGAUGUACAACGAUGAGUCAGUGCUGGAGAACCACCACCUGGCCGUGGGCUUCAAACUACUGCAGGAAGACAACUGUGACAUCUUCCAAAACCUCACCAAGAAGCAGAGGCAGACGCUCCGGAGGAUGGUCAUAGACAUGGUUUUGGCAACAGACAUGACUAAGCACAUGAGCCUGCUGGCGAAUCUGAAGACGAUGGUGGAAACCAAGAAGGUGACCAGCUCUGGAGUGCUGAUGCUGGACAACUACACAGACAGGAUUCAGGUCUUGCGUAACAUGGUUCACUGUGCUGACCUGAGCAACCCCACCAAGCCUCUGGACGUGUACCGGCAGUGGACGGACCGGAUAAUGGAGGAGUUCUUCCACCAGGGAGACAGAGAGAGGGAGAGAGGGAUGGAGAUCAGCCCAGCAUGUGACAAACACACCGCUUCAGUGGAGAAGACACAGGUUUGUUUCAUUGAUUACGUCGUUCACCCUCUGUGGGAGACAUGGGCUGAUCUGGUCUACCCUGAUGCCCAGGACAUCCUGGACACGUUGGAGGACAACAGGAACUGGUACCAAAGCAUGAUCCCUCAGAGCCCCUCCCCUCCCUUCUACAGCAGUGACGGAGAGGGAGGCCCUCAUGGGGAGAUGGAGGGGGGACCUGUAGCCAGUAAAUUUCAGUUCGAACUGACACUAGACGACCAGGAUGGAGACAGCGAGGGCACAAUGAUGGAGACAACUGGGGACUUGACGCUCAAAGACGAGACAGGAGUAGAAAUAGCGGCGCACGACGUCUCCCCAGCGGAAACAUAGCUGAACUGAUGGAGCUGAGAUCAACAGGUUUCACUGUUCCGGCUGAAAAUAUUUUAUUGCAGUGGAGAAAUCCUGCAAUGUGGCUCUUAGGAGCUGCCUGGCUCAUCAGGCCUGUCUGAAUAUGGGGCGGGCCUGCAGCAGUUUGUUUUUGAGCCCCCUCGGACGGAGGCCGGAGGAGUGUCGGCUGUUCUUUGAAGGACGGUCUACUGUCUGAUGAGAGAGGUGGGGCUGGAUCGGACAAAGAAGGUGACAUGGACAUGGAUAUGAACCAGUGUGGUGGGACUAAUAAAAACUUCACCCUUGCACUUCAGGACAUUUUUCUGUUUGAUUAGAUCCUUGUUUUGUGCCAGGACUGAACGACACCUGGUAUUUUGUAACCACGUAGUAACACUUUCUAACACUUUCACGUGUAAAAAGAGAAAACGUUGUGUGCCUUUUUACAACCUUGUCUUUUUGUAAGUGUUUUUAUAAUUUAUUGAACACAUUCAUGUAGCUGAAAUACGUGUCAAUUUUCUACCAAAAGGACGUUUAGGUCUCACAGUCUUCCUGAUGUUCUGGCAAUAGUAUGAGCUUAUUCGUACAAAACAGUCAGUGGAUGUAUUUUUAAAAAUCAGUCGACUUCCCAGCACAAUUUGCACUUUGUGGCUUUCGGCAUGAUGAGGAAAGUAUCAGUCAUUUUAUUCAAAUCAUCCUCUUUUUAAUAUUCCAUGGUAUCUCGGAGUUGGAAUGUGGAAAAAUAUUUCCAUGGGUUGCGUGGCCAGAUCUUCUGUAAAGACAAACACUUUAAUUGCAUCACCGCCACCCUGAAGAUAAACGAAGAUUACAGGCUAAUUACGGCUAAUGAGCAGGUGACACCAGAAGCAGAAAUCGCUUUCUGUUUUGUAAUUCCCCCUCUCACCGGCUCAAACGCACCUGUUGUGCUCAACAGCAUUCCAUUGUCACGAAUGCCUUUUAUGGUGACUGAUGCUGAACUCAGAGUGACUGUAAAGCCGCGUGCACAUUUAAAAAGACACCUGUCUGUUAUGAGACAAUUGUAUCUUGUAGUUUCUAUUCCUGCACUUUGAUUUACACGGACGGUUUGGCAGCCGGUUGCCGACCCGUCUAACACUACCUUAUAGGUACCACGAUGUAAGGUGCAACCUUCAGAACAGGAGGGAGAUGUGAUGUGUGUGUGUGUGUGUGUGUGUGUGUGUGUGUGUGUGUGUGUGUGUGUGUGUGUGUGUGUGUGUGUGUGUGUGUGUGUGUGUGUGUGUGUGUGUGUGUGUGUGUGCGUGUGUGUGUUGCACCCAGCUGUGUUGUACUGACCCUUCAGCUGUUUGUAACAGUGUAUUUAUUACUGUACCUUCUCUGACAUGAUAAUAUUGGUAUUGGUUAAUAAUAUUCACUGUAUAUUUGUUACUAUUUAUACACACUACCACAUGUCAAAUCCCAGUCUGGUGGUUGUGAUUUCUCGUUCGCCAAGCUUUUUUCACUGUAAGCCCAUAACAUGAAGUAUCACGGUUGGGUGUUGUUCAGCCUGAGCGUCCAGCACCACGUCGUUCAGGCUCUCUGUCAUUACGACCUGGGCAUAUGCAGCGGUGUAGUACAGUGACGGGUCAUUGUACAGCUGUGGGAACCUUUGCUGAAAUAUGUAACAUUGUUCCAAAUGUAUUUUUUCAGUGUUCUCCUCGCAAUAUAUGGUCAACUGGUGUGUGUUGUGCUCAGCCAUGUUUUCUAAAGGUUAAUUAAUAAAAGGAGCAUGUAUUACAGAA